CGACUUUGGACCUUGCCGCCUUUUUCUCAUCGUCAUCAUCAUCUUCUUGCAAACAUUCUCUACCGCACCUCAAUCCUGCCAAAUCUACCCACCCCCUGCGGAACGUGUAUACCUUCGACGUCAUUCCUCCUCUGGGUCGCACACAGCAGAGGAGAUCGCCGGCUGUGUGCCCUCGACUCAAUCGCCAAUGGUCGACUUUCGGCCGCCGCCGCAAGCUGUGCUGGGACUACCACCGCUAUCACCAUCGCUAUCGCUUGACCAUCCGAGCAGCAAUCCGCAGAGCACCGACGUAUUCUACGCGACUUACCUCGCCGCUUCCAAAUCCGGCACGCAAUCGCUAUGCGGCAACAUUGAGGGCUGGGGGCCAUUGAGUCCCUACCGAUACGACCUGACACCAUGUUUCCUCGACGUUCCCGUGCUGGCUGUCUCGGCUUGGGGCAUGUUUGCGGGGUUGGCGGCGGUGUGGUGGUUAUUGAAGAGGACAACUCCGCAGCCUGUGGCGAAGAAUUGGCAUUUUCACGCGAAGCUGGGAGUGAUUGCCGCGCUUGUGGGAACAACGAUUGCGCAGGCAGCGUUUCAGAUUGACAGGUUCGACGGAGUGUGGUUUAAAGACGUGAGGUUCUGGACUACAAUCGCGAAUCUGCUGAGUUUGGGCGUGGUGGGCGUCGUACAGUAUCUGGAGCACUGGCGGCUGCGACACGCGCACGGCGUAGUCCUGAUAUACUGGUUGCUUUUUCUGCUCGUGUCUGCGGUCAAGCUCCGCAGUCUGGUUUCGCAAGAGCUGUUCAAAACACAUGUGGGCUAUUUCGCGGUCUUUGCGGCCAGCGUUGGGCUGGCCCUUGCGGAAUUUGUCCUCGAAUGGCUGGUGCCGAAGAAAGUCUCUGCCUACGAUGCUCUGGGAGACGAGGACGAAUGCCCGCUGGAAUAUGCCGAUUUCUUCUCGAAGUUGACCUUCUCGUGGAUGACGCCUAUGAUGAAAUAUGGCUACAAGGAGUACCUGACCCAGGACGAUUUGUGGAACUUGCGCAAAGGUGAUACAACUAGAGCUACGGCCAACACAUUUGAAGAGGAGUGGACGUAUCAGCUGGAAAACAAGAAGAAGCCCAGUCUAUGGAUCGCUCUGAUCACCUCUUUUGGAGGGCCAUACCUGGUUGGAGCCAUGAUCAAAACGAUGUCCGAUUGUCUAAUGUUCAUUCAGCCACAGCUGCUGAGAUAUCUGAUAGCAUUCGUGGACUCGUAUCGUCCUGGAAGGGUCCCAGAGCCGCCUAUCAAAGGUGCGGCAAUUGCCUUGGCAAUGUUUCUCGUCUCAAUCAGCCAGACUGCAUGUUUGCAUCAAUACUUCCAAAGGUCGUUCGAGACUGGCAUGAGGGUCAAGGCCGCGCUCACAGCGGCGAUCUACUCCAAGAGCAUGCGACUGAGCAACGAAGGCCGGGCAUCAAAGAGCACUGGCGACAUUGUCAACUACAUGGCUGUCGACACGCAGCGUCUUCAGGAUCUGGCUCAGUUCGGUCAGCAGCUUUGGUCGGCGCCGCUUCAGAUCACACUUUGCAUGAUUUCGCUCUAUCAGUUGGUUGGUGUAAGCAUGUUCGCUGGUGUUGGUGUCAUGAUUCUUAUGAUUCCUAUCAAUGGCUUCAUUGCUCGAAUCUCCAAGACCCUUCAGAAACGACAGAUGAAGAACAAAGAUGCUCGUACGCGCUUGAUGACGGAGAUUCUGAACAACAUGAAAUCGAUUAAGCUAUAUGCCUGGACUAAUGCCUUCAUGAACAAGCUGAACACGAUUCGAAACGACCAGGAAUUGCACACACUGCGCAAGAUCGGUGGCACUGUCGCCAUUGCCAAUUUCACCUGGAAUUCGACUCCAUUUUUGGUGUCUUGCUCGACCUUCGCCGUUUUCGUGGCCGUCAGCGGCCGCCCUCUGUCCACGGAUAUCGUGUUCCCUGCGCUCACGCUCUUCAACAUGCUGGGCUUCCCUUUGGCCGUGCUGCCCAUGGUCAUCACUGCCAUUGUCGAGGCAAGCGUGGCCAUAAAUCGUUUGUCGGACUACUUCACUGCGCCUGAACUCCAGACAGAUGCAGUCAUCAGAGAAGAGAAUGCGCGCGCUGGCGAGGAAUCUGUUCGUAUUCGCGAUGCCACGUUCACCUGGAACAAGGACGAGGAGCGCAACGUGUUGCACGACAUCAACUUCGCUGCCCACAAGGGCGAGCUCACCUGUAUCGUCGGGCGAGUUGGUGCAGGCAAGUCUAGCAUGUUGCAGACAAUGCUCGGAGACCUUUACAAGCUCAAAGGUGAAGUCAUUGUGCGUGGCAGCGUGGCCUACGUCGCUCAGAGUUCGUGGGUAAUGAACGCUUCUGUGCGCGAAAAUAUUGUUUUUGGCCACCGUUGGGAUCCGCAGUUCUACGACAAAACUGUGCAUGCAUGUGCCUUGACGGAGGAUUUCGCAAGCUUGCCUGAUGGAGACCAAACGCAGGUUGGCGAACGUGGAAUUUCGCUCUCUGGAGGCCAGAAAGCUCGUCUGACUCUCGCUCGUGCCGUCUAUGCCCGUUCUGACAUUUACCUGCUGGACGAUGUUCUUUCAGCGGUGGAUCAACAUGUUGGUCGUCACAUCAUUGACAACGUUCUCGGAAGUAAGGGUCUUCUGGCGAGCAAGACUCGAAUUCUCAGCACAAACGCCAUUCCUGUGUUGAUGGAAGCCCACUUCAUUGCGUUGCUCAAAGAUGGAAAGAUCAUCGAGCGUGGUACUUACGAACAGCUCAUGGCCAUGAAGGGAGAGGUUGCUGCGCUCAUCAAGACAUCCAGCUCUGAGGAGAACACAGAUGAUGAGAGGAGAGCUGGCGGAUUGGGAAGUCCGUCAGAGGGCAGCACGAUUUACGAGCCAGACGAAGCGGAGGAUCCUGAAGAAACUGCUGAAGCUGAAGACGGGAUUACUCACAUGCAUCCUAUUCGCCCGUCAGGUAAUGGUCCAAUGGCGACCCGCAAGAACAGCAAUCUCACCCUCCGUCGGGCAAGUACCGCAUCUUUCCGCGGUCCGCGCGGCAAGGUAACGGAUGAAGAAGAGAACAAAGGCAAUGUCAAGACUCGGCAGAGUAAGGAAUUCUCCGAGCAAGGCAAAGUCAAGUGGGACGUGUACAAGGAAUACGCCAAGAACUCCAACCUCGUCGCGGUGGCCAUCUAUAUUUUCACCUUGUUAGCAGCCAAAUCCGCAGAAAUCGGGGGAUCAGUAUGGCUCAAGCAGUGGUCAGAGGCCAACGAUGUUGCUGGAGCGAACCCGAACGUCACGUUUUACAUCAUGGUUUAUUUCGCGUUCGGCAUAGGGUCCGCCGUGCUCGUUGUCUUGCAGACCCUCAUUCUGUGGAUAUUCUGCUCGAUAGAGGCCUCUCGAAAACUACACGCAUCCAUGGCUCACGCAAUAUUCCGGAGCCCCAUGAGCUUUUUUGAAACGACGCCGAGUGGUCGAAUUCUGAAUCGGUUCUCGUCCGACAUCUACAAAGUGGAUGAAGUGUUAGCUCGCACUUUCAACAUGCUGUUCGUCAAUGCUGCUCGAGCGAUCUUUACACUAGUGAUCAUUACGGCAUCGACUCCGAUCUUCGUCGCCCUCAUCAUCCCUCUUGGCGGCCUCUACAUCUGGAUUCAGAAGUACUAUCUACGCACGUCUCGUGAGCUGAAACGACUGGACAGCAUCAGUCGCAGCCCUAUCUAUGCACACUUUCAGGAGUCGCUUAGCGGAAUCAGCACCAUCCGCGCCUACCGCCAGACGAAGCGCUUUUCGCUGGAGAAUGAAUGGCGUGUAGACGCCAACCUGCGCGCGUACUUCCCGUCCAUUAGCGCCAACAGAUGGCUGGCGGUUCGGCUGGAAUUCAUCGGGUCCAUCAUCAUCCUGGCAGCGGCUGGUUUCGCCAUCAUCUCCGUGACGACUGGCAGUGGUUUGUCCGCGGGCUUGGUCGGUCUGGCCAUGAGCUACGCUCUGCAGAUCACACAGUCUCUCAAUUGGAUCGUGAGGCAGACUGUCGAGGUUGAAACAAACAUUGUCUCGGUCGAGCGUGUCUUGGAAUACGCUCGCCUACCAAGCGAAGCGCCGGAAGUGAUCUUCAAGAACCGCCCGCCGAAUAGCUGGCCAUCCAAGGGCGCCGUGUCGUUCAACAACUACAGCACGCGCUACCGCCAAGGACUGGAUUUGGUGUUGAAGAACGUCACUCUGAACAUCAAGUCCCACGAAAAGAUUGGCGUGGUCGGCCGAACCGGGGCGGGCAAGUCCAGCCUCACUUUGGCUCUAUUCCGGAUAAUUGAAGCAGUGGAAGGUGACGUAACAAUUGACAACCUCAGCACAAGCUCAAUAGGUCUGCAUGAUUUACGAAGUCGCCUGGCCAUUAUUCCACAGGAUGCGGCGUUGUUCGAGGGCACCGUCCGAGACAAUCUUGAUCCAGGCCACAUCCACGACGAUACGGAGCUGUGGAGCGUACUUGAUCACGCCCGCCUGCGGGACCACGUAGCGUCCAUGAAUGGCCAGCUGGAUGCUCACAUCAACGAGGGCGGUUCUAACCUCAGUCAAGGUCAGCGACAGUUGGUGUCGUUAGCGCGAGCGCUACUCACGCCAAGCAAUAUUUUGGUCCUCGACGAAGCCACUGCAGCCGUCGACGUGGAGACGGAUGCGAUGCUACAGACUACCCUACGCUCCAAUAUGUUCAAGGAUCGAACGAUCAUCACGAUUGCGCAUCGUAUCAACACCAUCCUGGACAGUGACCGGAUUGUGGUACUGCAGAAUGGCAGCGUCAAGGAGUUUGACACGCCUUCGAACUUGGUGCAAAGCAGAGGGCUGUUCUACGAACUGGUGAAAGAGUCGGGGCUGCUGGGUCAAGUGGAGGCUUCUAAUCAAUAGAAAGUCGAUGAACAGUAAUGAAAAGCUACGCACUCACGCAUUCACGCAAGACCAGGUCCACGUCCCUUCCUCCCC